UUGUCGUGGAAGUAGGCAGGACGCACGGAGAGAGAUGCUUCCAGCGCCAUCGGUUCCUUCAGAGAAGAUUCCAUUACUACCGAGAGACCUCAGCAGAGCUCCCUCUCGAUGCUGCUUUAUCUGCCAUUCGCAUGAAGCAGGAGCAGAGCAGGAGCGCAACGCGACGAUGGCUUGCUUCUCUUUCUCUCCCUCCUUCCUCGCGUUCCCUCGUGAAGUGCCACCCAAACGACUGGCUCUGCCCAGAAGCGCGUCGCCUUUCCGAAUCGCUUGUUGUUGUUCUUCUUCUUCCUCUUCUUCUUCUUCUUCUUCUGGGGAUGCUUCCGGCGACCAGAGCUCGAGCAAUUUCUGCAUCAUAGAAGGGCCCGAGACUGUGCAGGAUUUCGUGCAGAUGCAAUUGCGGGAAAUUCAAGACAACAUCAGGAGUAGGCGUAAUAAAAUUUUUCUUCUCAUGGAGGAGGUGAGGAGACUGCGAAUUCAACAACGAACAAAGAGUGUGAAAGCCAUUAACGAGAACGGUGUGGAGGAAGCAGAUGAGAUGCCUGAUAUUCCAUCUUCCAUCCCUUUUCUCCCUCACAUGACACAGAAGACACUGAAACAGCUCUACUUGACAAGCUUAUCAUUCAUAGGUGGGACCAUUCUAUUUGGUGGUCUCAUUGCACCAACUCUGGAGCUGAAACUAGGUUUGGGAGGUACCUCCUAUGAAGAUUUCAUACGUAAUAUGCAUUUGCCUUUGCAGUUAAGUCAGGUUGACCCCAUUGUAGCAUCUUUUUCUGGUGGGGCUGUUGGCGUCAUAUCAACCCUGAUGUUGAUCGAAGCUAAUAAUGUCGAGCAACAAGAGAAGAAAAGGUGUAAAUAUUGUAAUGGAACAGGAUACUUGGCUUGUGCCAGAUGUUCAGCAAGUGGUGUGUGCUUGAGUGUGAACCCCAUUCUAGUAACUGGUGCUGCAGAUCGCCCUCUUCAGGUUCCCAAAACUGAGAGAUGUCCCAACUGCUCUGGGGCUGGGAAGGUCAUGUGCCCUACCUGCCUGUGCACUGGAAUGCUUAUGGCUAGUGAACACGACCCGCGGAUAGAUCCAUUCGACUAAACACAGUUUGCUGACGAGGGAAUGAUUAUAUGGUUUGUAGUGUAUGAAGAACAUUCAAUGGAGUGUUCAUCGUAACUUCAUGUUUGUUUUACAGAAUAAAGAAAUAAAACGGUGUUCCUUAGGGUAGACCUCUGGAGCGCAAAUUUUCCAACUUUUGGAGCCUCAGCAAACUCCAGUAUUGGAAUGGGAGCCAACGUGACGAUUACUUACCGGCCGCAUUGUAUACUAAACAUAGCAUUACGUUAUUGCGGUAAUACGAAAUGCGAGAACCAAGACUUGAGUUUGCUUAAAGUUCAUCCCAAAGCUGUUGCCUUUGCAUCCUCAAAUAUAUUAGAUUCCAGCUGAACUACAAAAAUGUAAAUCUGACUGGUUCAAAGUAGCAUGAACCUGAAUAUUAGCCAUCUGGUUUAUGUCGGGAUAAAGCUGCAGUGGAUGAACAGUUAUUCCCACAA